AUGGGGUUCAAAGCUUUCUGCUUUGCGCUGUUUUGUAUCCUUUAUGCCUCUUAUCUUUAUAAACCCAUCCCAGGAAACAUCAAAGAAACCUGGAAAGUAAUGGCUUUGGAUGCCAGUGCUAAAACGUGUAUGCUUGUGGCCUCAUUUCUUGAAAAUAUAGGUAUUAUGAGAUUUGAAGACUUCAUUUCCAAGAUAAUCAUGAUGGAUUAUACCCAAUCAACUUCAGAUGAAUAUAUUACAGUAACUGAUACCACAUUUAAUGAUGUUCCAGUACGACUGUACUUACCAAAGAAGAAGUCAGAAACCCCGAAACGAGCUGUGAUUUAUAUUCACGGUGGUGCUUUUUGUCUUGGAAGCUUCAAACAGGCAUCUUACGACUUCCUGAAUAGAUGGACAGCAAACAGACUUGAUGCUGUUGUGGUGGCAUUGGACUAUAGACUAGCUCCUCAAUACCACUUUCCAGUUCAGUUUGAAGACGGCCUUGCUGCAGUCAAGCAUUUUCUUCAGGAUAAUAUUCUUAAAAAGUAUGGAGUGGAUCCCAACAGAAUCUGUAUUUCAGGAGAUAGUUCUGGAGGCACCUUAACUGCAGCAAUAACUCAAGAGAUGCAGAAUUAUCCUGAAAUGAAAAGUAAAAUCAAGAUGCAAGCUUUAGUUUACCCUGGAUUACAGAUAAUUGAUUCCCAUUUGCCAUCUCAUCUAGAAAACAAACACAGUAUAAUUCUAACCCGGGACAUCGCCAUAAAAUUUGUGAGUCUGUAUCUCACCAAGGAUGAGGAACUUCCUCGGGCAAUUGAAAGAAAUCAGCAUAUGCCUCUGGAAUCAAGGCAUCUGUUCAAGUUUACUAAUUGGAGUACCCUACUUCCCGAGAAGUUAAAAAAGAACCGAAUUUAUACUGCAUCAGUUCUUGGAGGAUAUAACAGUUCACUCCCAGGACUUAUGGACAUUAGAGCCCAACCUUUGUUGGCCAAUGAUUCACUGUUACGGACUUUGCCAUCAACUUAUAUUAUUACCUGUCAAUAUGAUAUCUUCAGAGAUGAUGGAUUUAUGUAUGCCACACGACUUCGAAAUCUUGGAGUUCAAGUUACUCAUCAUAACUUAGAGGAUGGAUUUCAUGGAGCUUUAUCAUACAUGACUUUUCCCUUUUAUUUACAGCUAGGUUUUAGGAUAAGGGAUAUGUAUAUUAAUUGGCUAGAUCAGAAUUUAUAA